CGGGGGCGGGGGGCGGAGCGGGGCGGCCCGGCCGCGCCCUCAGUUCGUGCCGCCGCUCCCUUCCCGCCGUACGGACAAGUUGAAACCGUCACCCCGGGAGUUGGCCGAGUUUCCCGGCUCCCCGUUCCCGCCGUGCUGUGCUGUGUCUCGAGGCCCGGCCCGGCCCGGCCCGCCGAGGGGAGCCGUGCGCUCCGCCGCCGCCCAUGAGGCCGCCUCGGGGCCGGCAGAGCCAUGGACGGCGGCGGCGGAGUUGGGGUGGUGCCCCCCGCCCUGGAGAAGAACGCGGCGGAGCUGACGGUGAUGGACGUGUACGACAUCGCCUCGGCCGUGGGGCAGGAGUUUGAGCGGGUGAUCGACCAACACGGCUGCGAGGCCAUCGCCCGCCUGAUGCCCAAAGUGGUGCGAGUGCUGGAGAUCCUGGAGGUGCUGGUGAGCCGGAAUCACAUCAACCCCGAGAUGGAGGAGCUGCGCCUGGAGCUCGAUCGGCUGCGCCUGGAGAGGAUGGACCGCAUCGAGAAGGAGCGAAAGCACCAGAAGGAGUUAGAACUGGUGGAGGAUGUCUGGAGAGGGGAAGCACAGGACCUUCUUACCCAAAUUGCCCAGCUGCAGGAGGAGAACAAACAGCUGAUGACCAAUUUGUCUCACAAAGACAUCAAUUUCACAGAAGAGGAAUUUCAGAAGCAUGAAGGAAUGUCAGAGAGAGAACGGCAAGUCAUGAAGAAGCUGAAGGAAGUUGUAGAUAAACAAAGGGAUGAAAUCAGAGCAAAGGACCGGGAACUCGGACUUAAAAAUGAGGAUGUAGAGGCUCUUCAGCAGCAACAGAACAGGUUAAUGAAAAUUAACCAUGACCUGCGGCACCGCAUCACAGUUGUUGAGGCUCAGGGAAAGGCACUGAUUGAGCAGAAGGUGGAGUUGGAAGCAUAUCUGCAAACCAAGGAGCAGGAGAUGGGCACCCUACGAGCAGAGCUGGGGAAACUGAGGGAAAAACUGCAGGGUGAGGACAACCAAAAUGGGGAAGAAAUACAGACAGAACCAAACAACGAUGACUGCCUCUCAGAGUCAGAAAAGAUGGCAAUGGACUUAAAAGAUCCAAAUCGUCCAAGAUUCACGUUGCAGGAGCUGCGAGAUGUCCUUCAUGAGAGGAAUGAAUUGAAAUCUAAAGUGUUUUUACUUCAAGAAGAGCUUUUAUAUUACAAAAGUGAGGAAACAGAAGAAGAAACUAGACCCCCUCAACCUGCACCCAUAAUUCAAUCAAAACCCUCAACUCAGCCUGAGUCUGGAAUCAAACGACUGAUCUUUACAGCCAUAAUGCCCAUGGUAGCAGCUGGAUUGAUUCCAGAUGAUCCCACAUUGCAACCAAUAAGAAGACUUGUGUCCCUUGUUUAGUUUCUUCUCUCGUGAUAAGAAACGUAUGCAGGCAUCACAGAGAAACGUCCAUUUCCAGGAUACUUUUCGUGAAUGGUCAAACUCAAAUAAAGAUGACACCUACACAGAGCAAGGACAAGAAGCCCUGCAGCACCUGUGAUUAAAAGCCUGAGGUGUCUAGCUUCCUGCAGUACAUCUCGACAGUGUAAUAACAAGAAGCUUCUGUGAACAGACCUUCAGUUCAUGGUCCUUAUUUGCCUUGCACAGCGCAGUGGUUGCGUUCCAGAUGAGCUCCUCAGAAGGGAUGACUCACUGUUCACCUGGUGACUGCUGGAAACAGAAUCCAAGCUUUGUAGGAGCAGUUGAUACCCAGGGACAUGGAAGCUUUUAGGUGACUUGUUUCAUGCUGAAUAACAAGUCUACGGUCUUGUUUGUGCAUUAACUACAAUAACACAAGCUUAUCUAAACCAAAAAAAAGGAAGGACCUGUGCCAUUAUUAGAAGUUUGUUUGCAGUGUACAAUAUCUACUGGCAAAGACUCUGUUACCCUAUUUGUUAAAACUUUUGGUUGUUUGCUGGUUUUGUAAUUUGGUAAGAAGGUUUUUCAGUAGGGGCACCACAGCUGGCUGCUCUGUGCAGGUCAUUGCACUGCUGUGUCCUCUCAAGUUCAGCUGCACUUUGCAGAGUAACCACUUGGAAAUCCACCUGAUAGAAAGUGACAAACUGGAGCAGCCUCAAGAGGGAUAGCAGUGUGUUUCCCUUGAUGCUGACAGUGCCUAAAGCAUGAAGAAACCCAUGUAUGAGGUGAGCGUGCCUUGCUUUUUGCCACAAGUUCUGCAGUAUUAAUGGAAAAAGAAUUGCUUACAAGGAGGAAUUCUAACACUUGAAUUUUUUCUUUCUUAUGAGGGACUUUCCCCUAAAGUAGCAGACAGCUGCCGUUAAGGAGUGAGGUCCCCUUCACACAGGCAGGUUUUGAUUUAAGUCACACUCCACUUUUCUGUCUAGGUAAGACUGCCUAACUUCGCAGUAAAAGACAUCCUCAGCUGACAGGAGCUACCUUAACUCAACUGACUUUCAGGUGACCCCAGCUCAUAAUGUUUUCUUUUAUCUGACUACCCUAAACAUUACUUAGGGUGGCAGAGAUGUAUUCUGUAUGUGCUCCGCUGGCACUGAAUGAUGUGUGGGUAGCCUGCAAGUAGAGAGGGCUUAACUCUUAACUUGCCAUCAAAAGCCCAACACAUGAAUGCAUCUCAACUGCCAGGAGAUGGGGUUUAUAUCUGCUUUGCAAUUAAGCAUGCGAGACCCUUGGGGCUGUCCAAGGUCACGCUUGCAAAAACCAGAACACUAAAGCUCCAUGCAGCAUAACCACUGUGCAUGGUCUGUGGCAGUGCACAACCCAGCGCUGCACCCGUGGGCAACCUGUGCAGGUGGAGCUGGAUGCAGGUGGUUGUGGGCUGCAGCUGACAUCGUACCCACAGCAACCCACAUCUUACCAUUGCAAAGAGCCUCUUGUCAGGAGUGGCAUUAAGAACCAGGAGCGAUGCUCAGGCUGGAGUAAAGCUCCAACCACUCCGAGUACUGAAUGUCUGAGGAUAUCCUGGAGGAUACUUAGAUAAGAGCAAACCAGAAGGUUUAUUAGUGCAGGCCAGUUGUUCUCAGCCCAGGAUGAUCCAGCAAUGGGUUUGCUAAGGCAUGCAGGCAGCAAGCAGUUCUUAGCUCUUCUGAUGUGAAGCUGUGCAAGAAAAUCAUUUAUCACAACAGUGAGCUGAGCGCUGCUCUGGUCCUGCCUAUAAUUGCUCGUUUUGAACACAGACCUUCAGCAGGUUUAGGGUGUUUGCUGUGCCUGUCAGUUGUCACUGUCAUUGCCUGGGGCAGGAGGGAGAAACGUGCCCUUAUAUUAAAGGCAUUUCCAUUUGAUGUAGCAGCAGUAGCAUUUGAUGCUAAUAUUAGGCAGAGAGAAUUUUGCCUGGUUACAUUUUGGUAACACUCCUUAAGUUUUUAUGCUCACAGAAAACUGUUUUCAUUAAAACAUCACUUCCCUCCCUUGCAUGAAAGGCAGUUCUCAAAUGGAGGGAAGACUUGCUGUAAUACUUUAGUUGCUUGGAUCCUGAUUUCACUUUCAGAUUGAGUGGGGAAUAAAAAAAGCACACUACAGUUGUAGGCAGUUCAAAUGAUGAUUCCUGUCUCUCUAGCACAGUUUACAGUCAUUUGAUACAUUAGAGAUUUAGAGAUGCAGUGAACGGAAACAAUGCAGAGAUGCAGCAGAUUCACAGCCUGAAUAAGCACAUCACUUUUCAAAUCAGCUAAAAGCAAUGAAUGAGACAACAGAAAGAGCCAGGCUGAGCUGUUUUCCCCCAGCAUUUAAGCUCAUGCAUUAAUGACCAUGUGCAUGUAAAGCUGCUCCCACACACUAGAGCCCUGCUCACUAUUGUUGGGUCAAAUCUGCAGCCAACAUCAAACAAUGGCACUAAGCAGUACAACCUUCCCCUAUUUAUCUCUGUAGCCCAUUACCUCAGAAAUCUAAUUAGUUCCUCCCGCUAGCAUUAACCACUCCGCUCCUCGUUCUCAUGUUAGAAACACCGAGUUAAUACAAAGUGCCAUCAGAAAAGAUGGCACAUAGGGAUGAGUAUGGAAAGGGUUGAAGACCCAUCAUGUAGUUUCUCACUAUUUAGCUAAAAUCUGCUUUUAAAAAGGAAGGCAGGAUGAAAGGCAGAAACAAUCCUGUGUCCAGAGUGCAGGAUCACUGAAGUUGUUAUGGGGUUUUUUUUGUGUUCUGUUUGUUUUGGGCAGUAAAUCAUUUUAACAGUUUAAUAAAUAUUUCUGAGAAACGA